AUGGAAAAUAUCAAUAAUGUCACUGAAUUUAUUCUGUUGGGACUUUCCCAGAACAAGAAAAUAAAAAAUGUUUGUUUCCUAUUAUUCUUAACUUGCUACAUAACCAUUUGGAUAGGAAACUUACUGAUAAUCAUUUCCAUCAUGUGCAGUCAGCUAAUAGACCAGCCUAUGUAUUUCUUUCUGAAUUACCUGGCUCUCUCAGACCUGUGUUAUACAUCAACAGUGACUCCCAAGCUAGUCACUGACCUUCUGGAAGAAAGAAACACGAUUUCCUAUACUAGCUGCAUGACACAGCUUUUUGCUAUGCAUUUCUUUGGGGGUAUUGAGGUCUUCAUUCUCACGGUCAUGGCCUAUGACCGCUACGUGGCCAUCUGCAAGCCCCUGCACUAUGCCUUCAUCAUGAACAGAAGGAAAUGUGAAGCCUUGGUCUUUGCUUGCUGUACUGGGGCAUUUCUGCAUUCUUUCGUGCAGUGCCUCCUCACCAUCACCCUCCCUUUCUGUGGCCCCAAUGAGCUAGAUCACUACUUCUGUGAUGUGUAUCCUUUGCUGAAAGUGGCCUGCACUGACACAUACACAGUAGGCAUUUUAGUUGUUGCCAAUUCAGGCAUGAUGGGCUUGGUGACGUUUGUGGUCUUGAUGUUGUCUUACCUUUUGAUAUUAUACACGAUCAGGGCUUACCCAGCUGAAAGCCGCAGCAAAGCUCUCUCCACCUGCAGCUCCCAUAUCACAGUCGUCGUGCUAUUUUUUGUGCCUGUCCUCUUCAUUUACCUCAGACCAGCCACCACUUUUCCAGAAGAUAAAGUGUUUGCUCUGUUUUAUACCAUCAUUGCCCCCAUGUUCAACCCUCUGAUCUACACCCUGAGAAACCUGGAAAUGAAGAACGCCAUGAAGAAAGUUGGUGCCAGAAUCCCUUUGUGA